GAAGCAGGAGGAGGCGGGGGCAAGAGACGCUUGAGGCUGGAGCUAACCGGACGGGUCGCUCCGGCUCUCCGGGGAGAGGAGCUUCCCGGCUCUGGAGAAGGGGCGAAUCCUUUGAGAGCCUCCGGGAAGCGCCGCGCGCUGGAGAGGGACGGUCGGGCUACCCCGGCUCGCGGAGGGCUCGGCUUCGGGCUCCCCUCCUUUCCACCUCGCGGGGGAGGGGGCGAGGGAAGGAGGGGAGGGGAAGGUCCCCGGGAGGAGGCAGAAUGACCAUUCGAGGGGGGCUUGGGCGCUGCUUUUCCCAGGAGUUGCCUCCACUCCUGCGGCUGCCGCGAGGGCUGGCUUGAGCUGGGGCUCCAGGCUCUCCCGCUGAGAGCCAGCGCGGCCCCCCGGGGCCCGGGCAGCGGCGCCGGCAUGACGUCCGGCACCAUGAAGUUCAAUGGUUACUUGAGGGUCCGUAUUGGCGAGGCUGUGGGGCUGCAGCCCACCCGCUGGUCCCUGCGCCACUCGCUCUUCAAGAAGGGCUACCAGCUGUUGGACCCCUACCUGACGGUGAGCGUGGACCAGGUGCGCGUGGGCCAGACCAGCACCAAACAGAAGACCAACAAACCCACGUACAAUGAGGAGUUCUGCACCAACGUUACCGACGGUGGCCACCUCGAACUGGCCGUCUUCCACGAGACGCCCCUGGGCUAUGACCACUUCGUGGCCAACUGCACCCUGCAAUUCCAGGAGCUGCUGCGCACGGCCGGCGCCUCGGACACAUUCGAGGGUUGGGUGGAUCUGGAGCCAGAAGGGAAGGUGUUUGUGGUAAUAACCCUAACGGGGAGCUUCACUGAAGCCACUCUGCAGAGAGACCGAAUCUUCAAACAUUUCACCAGGAAGCGCCAAAGGGCUAUGCGAAGGCGAGUCCACCAGAUCAAUGGACACAAGUUCAUGGCCACAUACCUGAGACAGCCCACCUACUGCUCUCACUGCAGGGAGUUUAUCUGGGGAGUAUUUGGGAAACAAGGUUAUCAAUGUCAAGUGUGCACCUGUGUCGUCCAUAAACGCUGCCACCAUCUAAUUGUUACAGCCUGCACUUGCCAGAACAAUAUGAACAAAAUGGAUUCAAAGAUUGCUGAACAGAGGUUCGGAAUCAACAUCCCGCACAAGUUCAGCAUCCACAACUACAAAGUGCCCACCUUCUGCGAUCACUGCGGCUCGCUGCUCUGGGGGAUCAUGCGACAAGGACUGCAGUGUAAAAUCUGUAAGAUGAAUGUCCACAUCCGAUGUCAGGCGAACGUGGCCCCGAACUGCGGGGUCAAUGCGGUGGAGCUCGCCAAGACCCUGGCCGGGAUGGGCCUCCAGCCCGGAAAUAUUUCUCCAACCUCGAAGCUCGUUUCCAGGUCAACUCUAAGACGACAGGGCAGGGAAAACACCAAAGAAGGAAAUGGAAUCGGGGUUAAUUCUUCCAGCCGACUUGGUAUCGACAACUUUGAGUUCAUCCGCGUGUUGGGGAAGGGGAGUUUCGGGAAGGUGAUGCUUGCAAGAAUAAAAGAAACAGGAGACCUCUAUGCCGUGAAGGUGCUGAAGAAGGAUGUGAUCUUGCAGGAUGACGACGUGGAAUGCACAAUGACGGAAAAAAGGAUCCUGUCCUUGGCUCGCAAUCACCCCUUCCUCACACAGCUGUUCUGCUGCUUUCAAACCGCUGAUCGUCUGUUUUUCGUGAUGGAAUUUGUGAAUGGAGGUGACUUGAUGUUUCACAUUCAGAAGUCUCGUCGUUUUGAUGAAGCACGAGCUCGUUUCUAUGCAGCAGAAAUCAUUUCAGCGCUCAUGUUCCUACACGAGAAAGGAAUCAUCUAUCGAGACCUCAAACUGGACAACGUGCUGUUGGAUCAUGAGGGCCACUGUAAGCUGGCGGACUUCGGCAUGUGCAAAGAGGGCAUCUGUAAUGGAGUCACCACAGCGACCUUCUGUGGCACACCCGACUAUAUUGCACCAGAGAUCCUCCAGGAAAUGCUCUACGGACCCGCGGUAGAUUGGUGGGCGAUGGGCGUGUUGCUCUACGAGAUGCUCUGUGGUCACGCACCCUUCGAGGCGGAGAACGAAGAUGACCUCUUUGAGGCCAUCCUGAAUGAUGAAGUGGUCUACCCUACUUGGCUCCAUGAAGAUGCCACAGGGAUCCUGAAAUCUUUCAUGACCAAGAACCCCACCAUGCGCCUGGGCAGCCUUACGCAGGGCGGAGAGCAUGCCAUCUUGAGACAUCCUUUCUUUAAGGAAAUCGACUGGGCCCAGCUGAACCAUCGCCAAGUAGAACCACCUUUCAGACCCAGAAUCAAAUCCCGAGAAGAUGUCAGUAAUUUCGACCCUGACUUCAUUAAGGAAGAGCCAGUUUUAACCCCAAUUGAUGAGGGACAUCUUCCUAUGAUUAACCAGGAUGAAUUUAGAAACUUUUCCUUUGUGUCUCCAGAAUUGCAACCUUAGCCUUAUGGGGAAUGAAAGGCAUGAUAUGAGAAUCACAAGCAGAUCCAGACUUUCCAGGAAUUUCCUUUGUGGGGCAUUCCCCAGUAUCAGCCUUAGAACAAGAACCUUACCUUCAGAGUGCAGGUGGAAAACUCUGAAGGACAGAACUUCAGGAGGUCAGCUCUUUCAAGUCCUCAUGAAGACAGGGUGCUAGAAAGAGGGGAUACCGAAAUGAGAUUUCAUGAAGAAGUAAGUAUACUGCUCAACCUAGGAGUUUCCAUGUUUCCUCUGGGCUUGGGAUAUUAGAAGGAACCAACACAAGAGAAGGUGUGAAGAAUCAACUCGAUCCUAGAGAUUCUGAGCCAACCGGCUUUUCACUUCAACAGGCAAAUCAAGACUUGGUCUGGGCCACUCUGUGCUCUUCUUAAGCCAGUGAGCACUGGAUACCAGCAGACUGCAAGAAGUCUGUAAAUGCUAAUGAAGAAUUUGAAGGUAAGGAAAUGAAUGGCUUUCCAAGCAGAAUGAUUUACUCUGAAGAAACAAAACUCACAGCAUAAAGCCCUGUCUUGAAAACAGAUGCUGGGCAACCAGACAACUGUUCCAGCUUAUUCUCUUAUCCUCACUUGAACGGAUAUUUAUUGAGUGCCCAGUGAGACGGUGCCAUGCGCCCAGCUAGUGUAAACAGAUUCGUGUGCACUGAACGUUCAUGCUCCGGACCACUUAUGUACCUGAAUGGUGUUUGCAUUCUGUGAAAUGCCUCUCCAUGUUGCAUAUAUCAUGCUUCUUUGUCUCCACAUAACUUUGUCCACAGAAGAGGGCUCGCUGCCACAAGGGCAGCUGUCUACGCAAACAGCAGGUGAGCCAGGGGCUUGCUGCCCAAGGACUUGUGAAAGCUCAGCGUGGGAUGAUGUGUGAUCCCGCACCAUACUCAGUGAAGAAUCGCACGCCACUCAUGUCAGUGGCCAGACUUAUGGCUUACACAUUAGCAGGUUAUUUAAGUUAUAUUUUAAGAGACAGAAAUGUUUGGUAUGCAUUUUAAUAAUUAGAAAUGACUCUUACAAACAGGACAUUUACCGAAGGACCUUAGAAUAUGUACUCAUAUGCAGCUGGAGAAUUUUGUCUGUCUGGAAAUAAAUGCAUUUUGUAGCAAAAGUAAA